GGUACCCUGUGUAAUGUUGAACAGGAUCAUGGGAAUGCGGAAGACCGAUCGCAAUGACUUCUGGGUAAUAUUGGGGAGUAACAGAGCCACUUCCUCUGAAGCAAACUUCACAAAUAAGUGAUUCUUUUGCUUUCCAAUCAUGCCGGCAUACCAUUCUUCACUUUCGGCCCCGCUGUCUGUGGGCAAUAUGGCGCUGUUACCUCUAAAUUCGAGUUUCAAGGGACCAGCUCCUUCGGGAGAUGGCAGUGCUGACAUUGUGGAUGAAACGCUAUACUAUUUUAAAGCGAAUGUUUUCUUCAAAAGCUACGAAAUAAAGAGUGAAGCUGACAGAGUUCUGAUCUAUCUCACCCUUUAUGUAUCAGAGUGUUUAAAAAAGCUUCAGAGAAUCCAGAGUAAAGAGCAAGCCAAGAAGGAGAUGAAAACCCUUGCCAUGGCAAACUUCCAUUUGCCUGGUGAUGCUGGCUUUCCUCUGAAUGCCAUGUACCAAAAACCAGCAAAUAAACAAGAAGCAGACAACAUGAGAGCAUAUUUGACACAACUAAGACAAGAACUUGGCCAGCGACUGGUGGAGAAAGUGUUUGACCCUCAGACUGACAAACCAACUAAAUGGUGGAUGUGCUUUGUUAAGAGAAAGUUUAUGGACAAGAGUUUGUCAGCCCCUGGGCAGUAGAAUGAUCAGGUGGAAGAUCCUUUUAUUUUCAUAGCAAUGCAAUUCCAGGCACAUGUUGCAAAUCACACUUCAUAGACAUCAGAUACCGUAGCUAAAUACAAAUCAAAAUAAUAACAUGCUAGUAACAAUAAGUGCCAUUACAGUUUAUGCUUUGGAAAUGUAUUGUAUUAUUGACUUUAUACUUUGUAAUAAAACAUAUUUCAUAAAA